AUGAAAUGCUUCCGGUGCAAAGGGACUGGUCACAAGGCACGCGACUGCAAGAGCACAGCGGCUAGAGAACCGAAAAGUCCUAUGUCUUUAUCGGCACGAGUUCGUGAAGCGAAGUGUAGUAAUGUUCGCACUAAGUAUGGGCAACUUCACGGUAAGUCUUCUCCGCGAAUUGUCGGCAAACGAUCGACAAUAGACGUGAAAGUUCUUGGCAGAGACAGAAAGGCUUUGUUAGAUACGGGAUCAGAAGUAUCGAUUUUGCCGUCGAGAGUACUCAAGGAGGCAAUGAGUGACGGAAUCGACAUCGAUGCGGUAGUCAAGGAGAUCCCAGUGCCCAAGUCGCUGAAGAUCACUGACGCUUCAGGAAGGGUGAUGAACUUUUUGACCGCGGUGGACAUUGAUGUAGCGGACAAAAGUGAUAACAAACAUAGCCUUGUAAGAAUGUUAGUGUCCAGAUCAGAGGAGGACCUAAUCAUUCUCGGAACGAAUGCGAUCUCACGGAUGGGAUAUGAAGUCAGGAAGAUCUCCUGUGAGAAGGAAGACCGAACUAUGGAGCGACAGCAAGGGUCAGAGGAAUGUCCUGCAGCUGUUGUUGCUCGGAGAGUCUUCAUAGCGCCUGGUGAGACCAAGGAUGUGGAUCUCACGUGUAGAAGGCAGUGGUCGGAGGCAAUACUUCACACGAAAGAUGGAAGGAUCCCUGAUGGUCUGUGCGAAGUAAGUGCCAAUGGCAUAGCAAAAGUAACGGUCGUCAAUACUACACAAGAGCCCAUGGUGAUACAAAAGGGCCAGGAAGUAGGCGAAUGGGAAAAUGCCUACUGGGAACGAUACUCGCUGUAG